ACUUUACAAUCGGGUACGUAAAGAACAUUUGUGGUCUUCUCUUUCGAAAUAUGCGUGUUAUGCACAUUUUAUUAUUUUUCUGUAUAGUAACCUUGACUCAGUGGUCAGAAUGCACCUUCGGUCAAACGAAUUCAAUAGACACGAAUCAGAAAUCUACUUUGAGACCAGUAGUGGAACGUGUGUUUUCACGUAAGAAGAGAUGGAUGUUAUUUCCCAAAGGAGCAAAUCUCAAGUUUACUUUGAACGUUAGUAAACGUCUGCUGGCCAUGUAUCCGAAAGGGUUUAAUUUCAAUUUUGAAGCGGCAAUUUACUAUCCCAUGCCUUCAGCUAGAAUAGAUUUGAUACCUAAGAGAUUUAGAAAACCCACUACGAAAGCACCUGCACCUAAAGGCCCUACACCUCUUUACUUAGUUGGAAUACCGGGGUCCUUGAUAAAAUAUCGUGCCAAACCGGCUACUAAACCAGCAAAAGUACAACGUAUUGACCAAAAUAUCUCAUCAUUACAAUGGGUAUCCUCACCAUCAGCAUCCUUAUCCAAUAUAAAUUACAACAAUUCUCAAAAAUGGUCAAAAUACAGCUCUCCUGAGUAUUUGAAAAACUAUCAGUGGACCCCAGAAAAGCAACAAAAAUAUGUAAAUAAAUAUUCCGAUUAUAAUAAUAAAUGGAGUCGGUGGUCAACAAAUACAAGGACACCACAGUCAAUACCAAAUCCCUCUUUCAAUAACAAGUGGAAUCCUCGACCGCGUUACAGUAGGAAAGUUGCAGACGUCGAUGACUUGGUUUCAUCAAUUGACGACUAUCAUCACAAGGAAUAUGAACCCAUUUACUUUGAAGAUCUGGAACCCUUCGAAGACUCCCCUCACUAUCAUUCCUAUCGUGGUCGUAGAGAACUGUUUCAUCACUUUGAAGGGUUUUCAAAAAUUUUAGGAAUUGAUAUGAAAUCUUGUAUCUUGCGAGCAGUGUGUGAUAGUAAACGAUUUCUUCUACCACCUGGUUAUUCCAUGAUCCAGGAUAUACUACGCGUUGUUUUCACAUUUCCUACAAUUAAUGGUUUAAAAGAUGACUAUACUCGCAUAAUGGAGGCUGAUUACGAAACUUGUGAUGCUCACGUCCAUAAUAAGUGUCCACUUAGUAUAUUAGAUUGGUUACUAAACUCCAAAAAAUCCAUAUGA